CCCACCCCCGGGGUGCCCGGGAGGGAGCUGCCCGGAGCGCGUAGGGCGCACGGACCGGGCACCCCUGGCCCAGCGGCGGCAGCACAGGCUCCCCCGCCCCCCGUCCCUCCCCCCGCGCCGCAGCUCCCUGCCGGGCCGGGCUGCCGGGGGCUCAGUGCAGCGCCGCCAGCUCCUCAUGCUGCUGCCAGCGGCAGGGACCAGCCUCUCCGCAGCCGGUUCCGUGCGCCCCGGGACGGCACCAUGAACAGCCUCCCCGCCGACAAGGAGAGCGGCCCGGCCGAGCCCAGCCUGCCCGAGGAGGAGGUCCGGACUCUCUUUGUGAGUGGCCUUCCCCUGGACAUCAAACCGCGGGAGCUCUACCUGCUCUUCAGACCCUUCAAGGGUUAUGAAGGCUCUCUUAUAAAACUCACCUCUAAACAGCCUGUAGGGUUUGUCAGCUUUGACAGUCGCUCAGAAGCAGAAGCUGCUAAGAAUGCGCUGAAUGGAAUUCGCUUUGACCCCGAAAUUCCACAAACGCUACGACUAGAAUUCGCCAAGGCAAACACCAAGAUGGCCAAGAGCAAGCUAGUGGGAACCCCGAACCCGAGCACUCCUCUCCCCAGCACUGUACCUCAGUUCAUUACCAGGGAGCAAUAUGAGCUCACAGUGCCUGCACUUUAUCCCAGUAGCCCUGAAGUGUGGGCGCCGUACCCUCUGUACCCAGCGGAGUUAGCACCUGCUCUACCUCCUGCUUUCACCUAUCCCGCUUCACUGCAUGCCCAGGUAAUUUAUACCAACCAGCCACAACUUCACUCACUCUACCACCAGUCCUUUCGAAGCUGGUCCCCCAGCGCACCCUGUCCAACUAACCCCUGUCCGGCUAACAGACACUCCUCCAGACGAUUAAUGAUCUCACCCCAAUCAAGCUGACACAUCCUCAGGGGACGAGUGGGGACAGGCUUCCCGAGGUGAUAGCACACACUGCCUGAUGUAUCCCAGACACCUCUCUCUUCCUUAAUCCUUUC